AUGAACUUUAGCCAAUCAAAAAUUAUUUUCGCUUUGUUUAUUGCUUCAACAGCUUUUAUCUUAACGAGUUCAAUGCAUUUGGAUCCAUUAAUAGCAACAUCAGAUAAUGAUGAUGAUGAUUUCAUUAGAACAUUACGUGUACCCAAUGCUAAAUGGAUGAGAUUUGGGAAAAGAUUGCCCAAUGCGAAAUGGAUGCGUUUUGGUAAAAGGGCGCAAACUGCUAAAUGGAUGAGAUUUGGAAAACGUAACGAUGAUUUCUACGAUUAUUAA